CAUGGAAAUGAAGCGAGUAUGAACACUGUGGACAUGUCCCGGAGGAACACCGAGACAUGAAAGAAGACUUCAGGGUGGGUGGUACUUUCUUUUUUGAAUUCUGAGGAGGUGACGCGGCGCGGUACAGCAGUGAGUUACCAGCGGUAGCAGAGAGCCUCGGGGAUCGAUAGGAGGGGGCAAGGAUCGACUCUGAUCGCACACAGUCGAUUGAAUCCGACGAAUAAUUGCCGGUCAAACACUCCACAUCCACUUAAAACUUCCAGAAAUCAUCUGUAAUCACUAACAAUGGCCGAUAAAAAUCAAUAAUCAUGAAUGUGUUAACUAUGGACACGGAGAACCGGGUGGUUCUCAAUGUUGGCGGUAUCAGGCACGAAACGUACAAAGCAACACUCAAGAAAAUACCCGCCACUAGAUUGUCGAGGUUGACUGAAGCAUUGGCUAAUUACGAUCCGAUAUUGAACGAGUAUUUCUUUGACAGACAUCCAGGUGUCUUUGCACAGGUGUUGAACUACUAUCGCACUGGAAAACUUCAUUAUCCUACCGAUGUGUGUGGCCCACUCUUCGAGGAGGAACUCGAAUUCUGGGGACUCGAUUCCAAUCAGGUCGAGCCUUGCUGUUGGAUGACGUAUACUCAGCAUCGGGACACGCAGGAGACCCUGACAGUCUUGGAUAGAUUGGAUCUGGAUACAGAAAAGCCGAGUGAUGAGGAAUUGGCCCGUAAAUUUGGAUUCGAAGAGGCCUACUACGAUGGAACGUUAACGUGGUGGCAAAAACUCAAACCCAAAAUGUGGUCAUUAUUCGAUGAACCUUACUCCUCAAAUGCAGCCAAGAUAAUCGGCGUUAUAUCCGUUUUCUUCAUCUGUGUCUCGAUCGUGUCUUUCUGCCUGAAAACUCAUCCAGACAUGCGUGUACCAGUGAUUGAGGGAAGAACAAGUAGACGUGGUAAUGAAACCAGCACAACGUACGAUAAAAUCGAGACAAACGCACAUGAUGCAUUCUUCUACAUCGAGUGCAUGUGCAAUGCAUGGUUUACUAUUGAAUUUAUAUGUAGAAUAACAGCGAGUCCAAAUCGUUGGGCAUUUCUCCGUACAACGGUUAAUUUAAUUGACAUGGUGGCAACAUUGAGUUUCUACAUUGAUUUGGCGUUACAAAAAUUCGCCGCACAUCUUGGUAAUGCUGAUAUACUCGAAUUCUUCAGUAUAAUUCGAAUACUUAGGCUGUUUAAAUUAACAAGACACUCAUCGGGGCUUAAGAUACUGAUGCAAACAUUUCGUGCAUCAGCCAAAGAACUCACCCUGCUGAUAUUUUUUCUGGUCCUCGGCAUCGUCAUCUUCGCCAGCUUGGUCUACUACGCUGAAAGGAUCCAGUCCAAUCCGGAAAAUGACUUCAAGAGUAUACCACUGGGAUUAUGGUGGGCACUAGUUACCAUGACCACUGUUGGAUAUGGUGAUAUGGUGCCAAAGACAUAUCCUGGAAUGUUUGUUGGUGCAUUAUGCGCUUUAGCUGGUGUAUUAACAAUCGCCCUGCCGGUGCCCGUGAUCGUUAGCAAUUUUGCAAUGUAUUACAGUCACACGCAGGCGCGAGCCAAGCUGCCCAAGAAGAGACGUCGAGUGCUUCCGGUGGAGCAGCCCCGGGUCAGAGUACCCGGGGUACCGGGGGUAGGGGGGCAAACGCAGGGGACCACACUUUGUAGCCAGCAGGUUGCCCUUCUACCCCCGGGGGGUGGGCUAGGUGGUGCUGUACAGUCUGGGCCCCUCAAUAGGAGAAUGAAUGCCAUAAAAACUAAUCAUCCCAAGGAUCCCUUUGCUAUCAAGACAGAUGAGGACCGAAGGAACUCAAAUCUAAGAACCAACGGGACCAAAGCGUCAGGUGGCCUGGGCUAAUAAAACAACGCCGAGAGAAGAAGAAACUUUUCACCGCAAAAAGAAAAUGAAAAAACAACAUACUCCACUGCCGCAAAUGUCGCCCGGGGAUUCCAUUACCAAGAUAGUAAAAACCAAGCCAAGUUCCGCGCUGAGAUAAAAAAAAUUAAAUAGGAAAAAAAAGGAUCGAUUGCAGAACUACAUUGUGAGUAGUGAAAUAAUCCAAAGAAACAUGACGAAGGGAAGCUUAAUGUAAGUUAGAAUGCGUGCUUGAACGAAAGUGGACUGUUCAUGGAUUUAAAUUUUGAUGAGAGCAUUAGAUAAAGUCUAGGGGAUAACAACAAAAACGUCAUAAACGAGGGAAUGUUACUAUGUGGUGUAGAUAAAUACGAAAUGUAGAAACAGCGUCCGACAUGAUGUAUGGAGUGAAUAUUCAGGACAUUACAAGUUGUACGAAGGAGGAAUAUAAAUAUUUACUUUUGGACCACACUAAUGUGAAGUUAGUUCAGAUAAGUAUAAUGCA